UUUUUUUAUUAAUUAAUAUGGUUUUGGAAUGUUGUAUAGCCGUUGUUAGAAUAAGACCAGAAGCUUUAUCUCAACUAGAAAAAAUAAAAUCUCAGAGACAAAAACAACAAAAUUUUGAGGGUGACGAAUUUUUCGGCCCGGCGGAUUUUGAUAUUUUAAUGGCCGUCCCACCUCCCCCUUUAUUUGAAUGUGGACCUUGUUCUUCAUCGCAAGUACAAAUUGAACAACAAACAGUUGAAUUACCCCGUUGUUGGCCUCUGCCUGGGGAGAGGGCGGCAGAUGCUGCUUUGAGAUUUGUUGGGGAUUUAGAUAUUCAAUUUCUCACCAAAGCAGUCCACAUCCCUCCAUCACGUUCAGACCACUUGGAAAGGCCUGAAUCUUCAAUUUCACGUCCUUCUCCACCUCUAACCCCUCUACAACAACAACUUCCUCCCCUUCUUUUCAUUCCAAUAAUUCCUUCCACGAAAAGCCCCUUUCCAAUUGUUAGCUCAGGACUUGAAUUUUGUCCCUUUGCCACUGUCUUACAUGCAGCAAUGAAUUACGACUCUUCUUUGGUAGAACCUUCAUCACAAAAUUUACUUGUUAGAAUUGGGGAAUGGCUAAGUUCUGGGCAAUGUAAAUCUGGCUCUGGAUUUUUACAUUCAUUGUUCCUUAUGCCCAGUAGUAGUGCGAAGAGAACAUUACUUCAUAGUGCUCUUUCUAAUGAAACUAAUGAGAGGUCUUCUUUGAGACUUGCUAGUUGCCAAAGAACAAUAAGUCUAGAAAAAGAAAAUGAAGGCGAGGGAAUACAAAAACAAAAAAUAGAACAAAUAUCUUCAAUUACUAAUGUUGAAUUAAAAGUAGAAACAAUUCAUAAUAAAAUAAUGAAACAACAAGAGAGGUUGAAUAAUGAACAACUUUUUGUUAAUCCUCUCUUUGGAAUAGAUAUACUAACAAAGAGGAAAGCAACGGCACCCGAAUAUUUUGUAAGAGGAAAACGGCGCGAUAUUGCUCCAAAAAGACAACGUCGAAGUACAGAUUAUGGUAUAUCUAAUAAAGGGAUUAGGCUGCACUUAAUGGACACAGCGUUUUGGGAACAACAACAUCCUUUACAUAAAUAUGCCUUUGAUGGAAAUGCAGAGAAAAUUAGAGAAUUGCUCAGACAAGGCUCAGAUCCAAACGAAUUAGACAAUGAUUUUUGGACACCUUUACAUUAUUGUGCUUUCUAUAACAGACUAGAAGCUUGUCAAGUUCUCUUAUUACAUCCAGAUAUGGAUGUUAAUAUAACUAAUAGAACAGGUGCUACACCCUUACAUUUUGCUGCACUUAAUGGACAUGUUUAUGUUGCUGAAUUGAUAUUAUCUCAUCAAUUUGCUGAUAUUAGUAUUCGGGACUCUAACGGCAAAACACCUUUGGACCUUUGCGCACCUGUACCAAAACCGGAUUGGCAAGGCGUUGCUUUUCUACUCCGUCAAAGCGACAUCCUUCGCCCUACAAAAAUGGAAGUCCAAAUUGUUGGCGGAUCUUCUUUACAAGUUGAGGUGGAUGAUAUUGAUAAUGCAACAGCUGGAGAAUUGAGAACUAAAGUGUUGGAAAUGGAAGGAUUAAAACAUCCGUUAGCAGCGAAUGCCGAACAGAUUUUCGCAAUUUGGCUAGUUGACUCUAGACUUAGUCUACAAUUAAAAGCCGAACAAAAAGUUCAAAUUCACCUUAAUAAAUGGGAAGAACACUUAAAUAAAUUUGGAAGUGAAUUAAACGAAGAAUAUUUACCGAAAAGUUUUGAGGAGGAAAGGGUUCAUGUUGUGUUAAAGAGGGAUGCGAGGACACUUUUGGGCGAUGAACAGAUGCUGGUGAGUUUUAUUUUGGUCUGA